ACAACAACAACAACAACAAGAAUGAACUAACGUGCUCGUCCACGCGGUACACCUGUCCCUCUGACAGUUUGUUUGGACGGUACCUGUCCCCCUCACUGUGGUCAAAUCCGACUAUUAACUCCGCAUGCGCAAACAAACUCAGGUUGCCCACGUGGUCUGAGUGCCCGUGAGUCCCCACCACCAUGUCAACGUCCCCUGGGUCCACACCCCGGUCCUUCAGGGUCUGCAGGAGAAAGUCCCGGUCCCACGGUCCCCCUGUGUCCACCAGGAUAGUACGGGGUCCCGUAAUCAAAGAGAUGGUUCCGUCGGCCCUGAAGGUCCCGUCCGGCUCAGAGAGACAGUACCCGGGUUUGAGGACUGACACGGAGUAUGGGACCCCGGGGAAGUCCAGUUGAGAAUCCGGGAGGGGGAUUCUUUGAACCACAGCACCGUCAGUCAUCACAGAAAACUACAGAACUUAUUGUUGAUGUUUCACGGCGAAUAGGAAACGCUGCUCGAGCUCACUACCGCCGCCACAUGGUACGGACGACGCAUAUAUUUACACCGACCAAUUCUAAAAUCAAAUGACAGAAAAAAGAGAAAGUAAAAGAAAAAGGAAAUAAACAUUUGCUCCUGGGUUAGAGACAGUAGCUUUAUUGAUGAGGGAUGACAUGGUAUUUGUUAAUAAAACCCUUUUUGUGAAAGGCAGAAACUAUUAAAUACAAUUUAACUUCAAACACAUGAUAGAGGGGGGAAAGAAAGUUAAAAAAAAAAAAAAGAAGAAAAAGGGGACCAAGAAAAGACAAGCAUUUUGAGUCCUGAUGGGUUUUGGCAGGACUGUAUUUUCCCAUUAAGUUUAAAAUCAUCAAGGCAUUUCUCUUUAUAGAUUUCAGGGAUUUUUGCCACAUCUAAAGUCCUAUGUCGACUUGUCGAAUUUCUAAUCAACUUAAGAUAGAUGCAGUGUCCACGAUUUUCAAAAAGAAUAUCAGAUUUUGGUCCAUCAGACCACAAGACAGAUUUUCCCUACAGUCCACCUUGAACAGGCUCAGGUCAGGUGGCUCAGGUGUUUCUGUAUCCUGUUUCUAUCUGGUCCUCUGUGCAUGGUUUAGUGUGAACUUCAUUUGUGGAUGCAGUGAUAAACUGUGUUCAUAGACAAUGGUUUUGAAGUUAGAGUCCUGUCUGUUCAUAAAGCAGUGCUUCCCGAGGGCCAUCCAGUCUUGAUUUUGAUCCUUGCCGUAUUGUUGUUACUCCAGACGAUGGCGCUCCUACCUUGUCCCUCAGACAGGGGUGUCAGAUGUGUUUAAAGGUUAUGAAGUCAUGUUGUGUCAGAUUUUGUGAUUCUGUUAAACUGACUCCUUAAUCUGAUCUUUAGAGUCAUAAAAAAUAUCACAAACAGAGCUGUGGAUGGAUUUUGGACUGCUCAUGAGUUCAGAUUUUCCUCUUUUUACAUGGACUGUAAUGAAACUCUUUAAUUAUCAGGGCCAUCAUGCUCUCUAAAAUCCUGUCCAGGAUUUCCAAAAGAUAAUCCAAAAACAGAAAAGGCAUCUUUAAUAUUUGAGCUUUAUUUUUAAACCUUUUAUGACUGUCAGCAGAUUUUAAAGUUUUUAUACAAGCAAAAUAGGGAGACUUUGAGUGAUUUUAGACCUUCCAACCUCAGUAUUCACAGAAACAUGACAGAAAAGCUGAUAUCUCUAUCUGAACAAGAAAGAGAAAUACAGUCACUAUGCAUGGCUACACUGUUUCAAUGUUUCCUUCAAAUUUUUAUUGUCUGAGGCUGUUUGAACCAGUUUGAAAUCGCUCGGUGUUUUCCACAGGUCAAAGUCACAUUUAUUGUGGCGCUGUUUACAGUAAUAAAAAUCUUUGCUGGUAAGUUCAGAGUUCAGACUCGGAGACGAUCAAGCUUCACAGAGUGAGUUUGAAAUGCUCAAGUCUCAGCAUAAGUCAUAUUUAACUGUAUUUGAUGUUUUCUUAAUGUAUCUGCUCUUAAAUGUGACAUUUUGGGUCUUUUUAAUGUUUGUCCCUCUUUCUCAGGUGUGAAUCUGUGAGCUGGUUCCGGAUGGAUGAUGGCAGAGGGCACAACAAAUCCGUCAGAGACCAGCGGUCUGACUAAGAAACAGGUACUCAUCUAAAAACCCUUGAAUAAUGUUUGAAAGAGUUUUAAGACAAGAAUGAUAUAAGAAAUUUUAACUUUGUAAUUUAUGUAAUGAUGCUAUGUUAGGGUCAACUCAAUUUUCAUAUGAAGUCUAUGUGUUCAGAGUGAAGUCUGCAGGAUAGGAACAAACAUUUGGGGCUGAAGCGGGGCACAGAAAUAAAUCAGAGGAGAAAGAAAUGUUGUUGUUUUUUUUUUUGUUUUUUUUUUAUUCAUGAAGGAUGUCCAGAAUAAAAAGUGAGAUUGAAGUCACAUUUUGAAGCUCAAAUUUGUCAGAAACAUUUAAAAUUUCCAUGCUCACAUUAUGUAACAUAUUUCCUUUAGAAUCUGAAUGAAUACAAAAGUGAAGUUUCCCUGACUAGCUUUGAGAGUUUGUGUUUAUUGUCUCUGUGAAAUCUGGAUUUAUCUCACUGAUUCUUUUUUUUUUUCCUGAACACACAGGCUAAAGCUCUGGAGAGGGUUAGCAUUGUGAGCUCUGAGCCGUGGCUGAAACCCAGCCUCAGUGAGUUCCAGGUGAGAUAUUACACAUGAAUACAGCAUGAUACAUAAACAUAUAAGAGCAUUUUAGUCUAUAACUCUGUUUUUUCUGUGAUUUUGCUCCCACAGGCGAAGGAGUCUGAGGAACAAUUCAGCACCUGUCCACCCUGGAGCUCCUCCUCUGCAGCAAAGGUGAAAAAGAGAACAUAAUAAAAUAAAACCAAUGAAUGAAUGAAAGUUUAAAGAUGAUCUGAAGGAUUUCUGUCCUUUCAGCCUGGUCUGAAGUCUGUGCAGAGUCUGUCCGAGUGUACGCAGCUGCUGCAGAAACUGUCAGAGGAGGUCAACAACCUCAGCCAGGUAACAUUCAAACACCUGGAUGUAGAAACACAGAGAGCAGAACAGCAGUAAGAAUACAGACUAAGACUUGCUGCAAGUCAGUGGCAGGGAUCCUUCAAAUGUUUAUCCCAUUGACCUGGAUAUGAGAUGAACCUCAGUCAAGUCAAGGUCAAGGUUAUGUUGUAAACAUCCUUUAAAUUAAAGAAUACUUUUUAAGGUCGUCAGUAGAUGAAAUAAAAAACAAUUGAGUUAAGGAAACACAUUGUUUUUAUGCGAACAGGGAACAGAUCUGCUGAUACUAACUAGAGUAAUCUGAAUGGGAUGAAUCAAUUUGAAGCUUUUCUAUCUGACCUCUCAUCUGAAGCCUGUUUGCUGCUUCUAUAGUGGACCUACUUCUUAGUAUAAAUUCUCCUUACAUACAAAAAUGGAAGUAUACAUUUUAAACCAUGUACUUGUCACAGCUCUCGUACUUCUAUGGCUGGACAAGAACUGUUAUUGUAAACACAACAGUAUCAUAUUAUACAUAACAGCACUUAACAAAGAGGGUUGAAUUGUGAAACCCUUAACCUAAACUGAAGGGUAUAAGAUUUUCAUGGCAGUGAAUAAAUAUGCAAGCUUCUCUGCUCAUUCUUUGUUUACCUGCGCUGCAUUGUGACGUGAAUACACACCUUCCAACAGCCAAAAGCUUUGAGUGUGAGGACAAUAGAAGACAGUGUAGUUAUUCUCAGCACAGUGCAUAUUUGGUCAAUGAGAGAGUCAGGGGAACACAGUGUAACAUUACAUGUGAGAUGCAUUUCUAUGUGCUUCACUUCAGGGGAAGCAUAGCAGUAAGAAAGCAGCACCAGCAGGAGGCAGCAGAGAGCCGGACAGCCUGGAGCGCAGCAGAAGUCUGAUCCUGACAUGGGCUGCAGAGCUGGAUGAAAACAUGGUGAUCAAAUGAACACUUUCUCCUUUUUCAAUCUCCAGUUUUCUUUUGGAGUUUCCGAAGGAGAAAUUAACCAGCAGCCUGACUGAACAUGUUAUUAAAAAAGAUAGACCAUGGUCUGUAAAUGAGCGCUGAACAAACAUUAGACAGUCUUAACAAACACUGAUGCCUAACUUCAGGUUUGUUUGAUAUGUUAAUGCACACUCAGUCUUUAUAUUGUCGUUUUUAACCAAUUUGACUACAUUUUAUGCUGUUUAUCCUCUAAUGUUCAUAUAUCAAUGUUUUUCAACCUCUGGAAGUUAUUUAAAAUUAUUAUUUUAUCUCUGAGACAGACGUUUGUAACAUUUUAGCAGAAAAAUAAAAUCCUCCUCAUGGUUAUUUUUUGUUCUGCAGACUGCACUGUAACCUGCACUUCCUGGUCAGGUUAAACUUGUAAAUUUGUGGCUUAUCAAGCUUGUUAAAUGUGUUUCUGAUUCCAAAGGGCGUUUUUAUUGUUUUAAAACCUGGAACUGCAGUUUGAUAAAGCUGAAACACAGGGGCCUUUGUUGCUGUUUUACAGUGUAAUAACUCUCUGUUCGUCUGCCCACUUUGAUUCCAGAUGAAAAAGAAAACCAAGGCGACAGACGAGAAGACAAAAAGAAAAGAAACUCGAGGACAGACCGAGAAAACAGAUGUAGAUAAACAGGCUGAGAGACUGCAGCGGUGGGCCGUGGAGCUGUGGGACGCCAAAGAGGUGUGUCAGUCUGUGUUUGCAUGAACUACUCAUGUAAAUUACACUCAUCACUUUUUGGUCAAAUGCCAUUUUUGUCCCUCUGUGCACACACAUAGUUAAACUGCUACACUGUCCUGACCCCCACAAUGUGAUACAACAUCACUGAGCUUUUGAUCCACAUGUUUCACUUUAAAAACUCCCAGAUGGCUGACAAAGCAGACGUAAUCUGCUCUUUGUGUCAAUGUAAAGUAAAUUAUCAAUAAAGUUCUCCAAGUUUGAGCGACCAGCUACAAGCUAAGCAUUCAGGUGUAGCUAAUUAGACUGAGGGAAGCAUAAAGAAGGAAACAAUAUGGAGAAAAAAAAGGGGAGUGAGGUGCCAAACCCUCAUAUACAUAUAAGGGGUGUAUGUGGACUGCAAGACCAGCAGAGUCCUGUUUUUAUUCUCAAACCAACACACUCCUAACUGUUUUAUAGAGUUACUAUGGACAUAUAAACGGUUUUGAAUGCAGGGUCAUAAAAAUGUUUUAUAGAAUAAAAAAAAAAAAGAUUUUAAAGCCCCUAGUUUCCUGACAAAGAUCACAAAAUGUUGGGCGAAGACUUUAAGACUUUAAGAUCGUAAAAGUAACAUUCUGUGUGUGUGUGUGUGUGUGUGUGUGUGUGUGUGUGUGUGUGUGUGUGUGUUUGUCUGCAGGCAAACGGUGUGUCUGAUGGGGAGCUGAAGAAGCUGCUGUAUCCCAGAGGAUCCUCCAUCAAGUCAAGGGUGGCGACUAUUCUGCCUCUGCUGGAGUUUGUGACCUGGUCUCUGUUAGCUGAGGACACUGAGGUCUGUCUGUGUGUGUGUGUGUGUGUGCAUGUGUGUGUGUUUGGAGGUGGGGGGCUGGCUUCCUUAUAAUAGAAUUAGUUUUGCAUUAAGAUAUGGCAUAUAUAUUUACAUUUUUAAGUUAAAAAAAGAACCUUUUAAUGAAAUAACUCAUGCUGUAAGAUGUGAUAGUUCAAGUCUGGGCUCUGUGACUCUGAGAUGACCUUCAGCUGAAGUCCAGAUGUUACUCCUCCAGACUCUUUCAAAAUGUACAACUCCAACUGAAAAAAAGUUCUGACGCUGUGAACAAAAGUGAAUAAAAUAGGAAUUUGAUGGUUGAUCAAAAAUAGUGCAAAGACAACGUCACGAAAAAUUAAACUGACAAAGGAUUUUUGCUUCUUGAAAGAAAUAUUAAUUUCAAAAUAGAAAAACUGUCCUGUGGUCUGAAAAAUCAAAACCUGACAUUCUUUUUGGAAAUCAUGGAUGCUGCAUCCUCCUCUCUAAAAAGUAGAGGGACCUCUCUGCUUGUUCUUAGCUGCCAAAGCCAGCAUCCCUGACGGUAUGGGGGUCAUCAGAGUCCAUGUCAGGGGUAGCUUCCACAUCAGUGAAGGCUGAACAGCAUAUUUUUUAAAUUGAAUACAGGAUUUAAAUGAUUUUCAAGCCAAAUGAAACUGUUUUAACAAACAUGUCAUACAGGUUCUCUGGAAGCUUCUCAGUUCCAACAAAAAUUGUCGUCAAAGUUAAAAAUCGACAGCCUGAAGAUUUUCAAUGAUCCAAAAACUCUAAUGCAUGAAUAAAUACUGAGACAGACUCAAAGCUUAUACACCAAAAAAACAUCUCUUUGAAUUUAUCAGCUGACAGUAAGAUGGUUGUGACCCUGCAGGAGUCUGUCUCCAUGAUGUGGCUGACCACCAAACAAAAAGCCUGGAGGACGGCGAAGGGGAACCCCAAAUAUAUACCUAACUCAGGUGACUCAGCUGCUACCUUCACUUCUAAAUUAAAUUUAAAUGUCUAAAAACUAAAAUAUCCUGUAAUGUUAGGUUACUGAAUAUUUGAUGAAGUUAUUCAUAAUACAUAAAAGCAAAGAAACAAAUGCUGCACACUGGUGAUCUGAUGUGUUUUUGUCUUGCAGUGUGGCAGUGGAUUCAGAGCGCUGCAGGUAACCUUUAUUUCCUUAUUUAUUACCUGAAAACAAACAGCUGUCAGGUAAAAUAACAUGGCACCUGCUGUUGACAGGUGUACAAACAAAACCAUCAUCAGAAACUGUCAUAGUUUGAUAAAAUGUACACCUUUAACACAUUUUUCUGAAGUAUUUGGGUCAGGACUGAUAUUUUAGGGUCAUGAGGCCAAUGUGGAAGUCUCAACAACUGCUGUUCUCUAGGUGUCCACUAGGGGAUAGGUCCUGCAUUGAGUCAGUCCCCAUAGAGCCUUGUGUUAAAACUCUACAGCAGAGAUAAACCUGUUUACAGCCCGGAACAGAAACCUUUUGGGGCUCUGAAGCUCAUUUCUCUGUUCAGGACAACUUUACAGACUGAACGUAGAGCAAACUCACUUGUUUACAUCAGAUUAAGAAUUAAAGGGAUGCAAUUAUGUAAAUAUUUAGAUCAUAAUCGGUUGAAUAAGUCAGGUGGCAGAGCUGUCGCUUCAGCCCAAUUUUUGUGCCUGUAGCUAGAUUGCAAAAAUGUUAGCCAACAUUUCCCAUAUGGUAAUCACUAUUGUUCAGCAAUGGGCGAUGCCACCGUUUUAAAAACUGAUUGUUUAAAGCAUAGACAUAGUCUCAGUUUCUUGGUUUCUGAUGCAGAUGUUUGAAGCCCAACAACGGCAGAAAGUGGAAACACUGACUCAACUGUUAACCCAGUAUGAGGCAAAGCCGUAAAAGCAGGCCUUAAACCUCUUUGCAAAUGACUGCAGUGUGCCUGCCUGUCAAGUCAGCUGUACCUCUAGUUAUGCAAAACUCAAAAAUUCGACCCUUGCACAGUGUGUGCAAAUAAAAUAAAAAGCAAAUUACCCAAAACUGGUCCUGUACCAAGCUGUAAAAACUUAAAGAGAACUUCAAAAGUUCUCUUUAGACUCUCUUAACUCUCUUAAGAACUUCAAAAAGAGGUCACACUUUAUGUUGAUGGUGUUGUUUGUCUGAUGGGACAGGAAAAAUGAUAUAAACUUCAGUCUAUUUCAUAAUAAGAUUAAAAUCUGUCACAUAAAUGGUAUGGAGACUGUCUCACUUCCAUCACCUCAAAUGAUCCUCCCCUCUUUGGCUUCCAGUGUCCAUCAGGUUUGACGUCAGCUCCUGUCACCCCUCGCUCCUGGUGUCCUCAGACCGGCUGCAGGUCUGCGAGGCAGCCACUCCCAUCUCUGCUCCCUUACACUCUCAGACUUGCUCUGAUUGGCCAUGUGUCCUGGGAGACGCCGUCAUCACUACAGGGAGACACUACUGGGAAGUGGAGAUUUCUCCUAACAGCAGCUGGAGGACAGGUGUGAUGUCCCCGUCUGCCCUAAAGAAAAAGAAGAGGCCCUCUGUGUCCCCCAGAGGAGGAUUCUGGACCCUGUGGAAGGCAUCCAGUUUCUGGGCCUGUACCGACGAGCCCAUUAACCUGCAGAUGGCGUCUGUGCCGGGAAGGCUGGGGGUGUAUGUGGACAUGGGGGAGGGUCAGGUGUCCUUUUUUGAUGUGGAUCGGAGGGUGCACAUUUACACUUUCUCUGACACGUUCAAACAUGGUUUGAUCCCUGUGUUUGGAUGGCUGGAUGAAAAAACGCUGCUGAAGAUCAGACCUGCAGUCCUGUCAGUCCCUGCUCAGGGAAAUCAAACAUAGGAAACCCUGAGCUCUCUGAAGAUCCAGAUUUAAUGAUAGAAUUCACUGUCACUACUGAAGAGGAUAUCCCAUGUCAAUUAUUGUUGUAUCUUUUGAAUAUCUGCAUCUUCCAGUGUAUCCACUUUAGUAUAAAAUAUGAGAAAUGACACCAAACUGUGUUUUAAUUGUUACUGACAACAAUAAAGUUUGGACGAUGUUGAUCAAAAG